UGAAGAAAAACCCUGAUACACAGCACGACUUAUGGAUAAGAGUAAACAAUAAAGAGUCCAUCGCUGGCGGUGAUAACACAGUGCGCAGAGUGGUGACCUCGUGUGACCAUUACUACAGCACAAGAUGAAAACCUUCAUCUUAAGCGUUCUGCUGUUAGGAUUGUCGGUGUUGGCCAAGGAUUGUCACGUGAGGAACUACGGCGCUAGCAGCAUAGUGUGUGUCUGCAAUGCCACGUACUGCGACAAGAUAGAGCCCAUAAGUACGGACUCCAUCUCUGGAGGACACUACACACACUUCGUCUCCAGCAAGGCUGGCCUCAGGCUCAAAAAGACUACGAGCAAGUUCACCAAGACAGAGUCUGCGCUGUCUCCCAAGAGCGCGCUGAAGCUCACUGUGCAACGGAACGUCAAGUACCAGGAGAUGCUGGGCUUCGGCGGAGCCAUCACCGAUGCCACGGCCAUCAACAUCAAGAGCUUGAGCGCUAAGGCCGAGGAGAAUCUGAUGGAGAGUUAUUUCGGUGAAGGUGGGUCGCAGUACACGAUUUUGAGAAAUCCUAUUGGAGCAUCCGAUUUCUCAUUAGAAUACUACAGUUUUGAUGAUGUGAAAGGUGACACCACACUAAAUCAUUUUGCUUUGCGUAACGAGGAUAUCAAAUACAAGAUCCCAAUCAUCAAAAAGGCACGUCAGCUGAACAAGCGAGGGGUAAAACUCUUCGCGUCUGCCUGGUCCGCCCCGUACUGGAUGAAGAAAAAUGGCACAGUCGCUGGCACAAGUCAUCUGUUGCCAGAAAACUACCAGCCAUGGGCCAAUUACUACGUCAAGUACUUCGAUGCAUACGCCAAAGAGAACGUGAAGUUCUGGGGACUAACAGCUCAGAACGAACCGACCCAGGGUGGCUGGCUUCCCUCUCGGAUCAUCUCCAUGGGCUGGACCGCGGAGCAGCAGAGGGACUGGAUAGCGCAGCAUCUGGGUCCAACCCUGCACAAGGGAGGCUACGACUACCUCAAGCUGAUGAUCAUGGACGACAACCGGGCAAUCCUCGCCAACUGGGUCAAGACGGUGCUUGGCAACAAGACAACUAGCAACUAUGUGUCUGGGAUCGCUGUGCACUUCUACUCGGACACUAGCAGCGACCCAGCAAUCCUCACCAACGCCCACAAAACCUACCCAGACAAAUUCAUCCUCUACACUGAAGCAUGUGAUCUUAAUAGAAUAUCCACCAAAGAUCUGGGCAGCUGGGAAAAAGGAGAACAAUAUGGCUCAAGUAUUCUGAAGGCGAUUGACAACUGGGUUGUGGGCUGGACGGACUGGAACAUGGUGCUGAACCUCAACGGAGGGCCCACGUGGACCUGCUGUCCGUUCAACGCCCCGAUCAUCGCCAACUCCAAGGCAGACGAGUUCUACAAGCAGCCCAUGUACUACUUCUUGGCGCACUUCUCGUCCUUCGUGCCGCCCGGCUCCAAGCGCAUCGGCCUCUCGGCCAACGAGGCCUCUAAUAUCCUGUCCACGGCCUUCCUCACCCCGGAGCAGGAGACCGUCAUCGUGCUCAUGAACAGUAAAGACACGGCCUCAUCGGUGGUGAUCUCCGACAGCGGCCAUGGGAACAUUGCUGUCGAUGUUCAAGCCAGAAGCAUCCACACCAUCCUCUACAAGUAGAGACGUCGAUGGCCUUUACAACGUCGUUGAACAUAGAUUUAUAUUGUAGAGUAGCCUGCUGGAAAUAUAUAAAUUUGUGAACAUCAAAAA